AUGACAGAUAUUCCUAAAUAUGACGGAACAAUGGAUCCACAAGAACAUAUAACCACUUACACAUGCGCCAUAACAGGCAAUGAUCUGGAGGAUGAUGAAAUCGAAUCGGUGAUGUUGAAAAAGUUCGGUGAGACAUUGACUAAGCGAGCCAUGCAAUGGUAUUGCAUGCUGCCCCAGUACUCUAUUCCAUCAUUCGAGCUGCUCACAGGCGCCUUCGUGAAGGCUCAUGCCGGGGCCCGGAAAGUGAAGGCUAGAAAGGCCGACAUAUUCAAAAUCUGCCAACAAGACGACGAACGGCUCAGAGAGUUCGUUACAAGGUUCCAGAGGGAAAGAAUUUUGCUGCCCCCGGUUCUUGAUGAGUGGGCGGCUCAAGCUUUCGCAAAGGGACUUAACCCCCGGAGCUCCAACGCUUCCCUCAAGCUGAAAGAGAACCUAUUGGAGUUCAGAGCUAUUACUUGGGCGGAUGUCCAUAACAGGUAUGAAUCCAAGAUACGGGUGGAGGAUGAUCAGCUUGGGCUUCCAUCAGGUCCAAUUAAUCGGAUAAAAAAUUUGGACAGACUGAAGAGGAUGUUAGAAACGAAAUUUCAACCAUCAAGGGAUAGAUAUCAUCCAUACUCUCAACCCGGAAGGUCUACCUUCAGAUCAAAUAAGGGAAGAAGUGGUCCUGGCCCCAAUACAGCGAGAAGUGAAAGACGAAGCGAUCGUUGUUCGGGAAGUAGGGGUUUACAGUUCAGAAACAGAUCUGUUGGGAGGUCCGACACCGGUGAAAAUCUGAGGGAAACCAGCAAGAGGACCGAACCAGAGGAACCCCAGCAUGUGAUCAACAUGAUCAUCAGUGGGGUAGAAGUACCCCAAGGCCUGAUGAUGAAAAAGAUGAAGUUCUCAAUACCUCGAGAGAAGAGGACCAGGGACUAUGUACCAGAUGGAUUUAUAUCCUUCAGCGACAAAGACGUGGAGGGCAUCAUUCAACCACACAAUCAUGCUUUGGUUAUUUCUGUCCUUAUAAAUAAAACUCAUUUCAAAGGUAUUUUGAUCUAUCCAGGUAGUUCAACCAACAUUAUCCGAUGGAAAGUAGUGAAACAGCUAGGACUGCGACACCAGAUCAUACCAACGACUCGAGUCCUCAACGGGUUUAAUAUGGCUUGCGAAACUACCAAAGGAGAAAUCACUCUACCAGUAAAUGCUGCCGGCAUUGUUCAGUACAUAAAGUUUUAUGUCAUUGAUGGAGAGAUGAGAUACAAUGCCUUGCUCGGAAGUCCCUGGUUACACAUCAUGAGGGCGGUACCCUCGACCUUGCACCAGAUGCUGAAAUUCCCAACCCUGGAGGGAGUGAAAAACAUCCAUGGAGAGCAACCAGCAGCAAAAUAA